UCUGUCAUUUCAUUUCAUCAAAAUGAAAAUAGAAAACACUUGUUACGAUUUAUUUGAUGAAAACCAUAGAUUUAAUUGAAAACAUAUAGUGUAACUGUAAAAAUAAACAGUUGUGUUGAUUAAUUGGGUAUAUUACAUUCUUCUGUGUAGUUAUAAUCGGUAAAUUGUAACCAAUAGGUCAAUUUAAAUUUGACAGCCAAAUCAAUUCAUUUUUCCUUAACAUCAAUCUGGGAUAUCAUUCAUUUAUUAAAAAAUCAAAGAGAAGAUUAAUAUAAAAUGAUUGCCAGAUUAUGGACAGAUGAUCUGCCGAAAUGCAGAAAUACUUGUGUUGCGUCAUAUUUCUCCAGAUUAGGAGGAAACGUAAAUACAAAUGACGAUUAUCUCUGUUUUUAUUGUCAGACAGAAGAAAACUCUUGUUUAUAUGGUGUGUUUGAACCUCACAAUGGACUGGAUGCAGCCAAGUUUAUCAUGCAGCGGAUGGCAGUUGAGAUGCUCCUGCCUCCACCAUCGGCCAAUAACACUGAUGAAGAGAUAAGGGAUAGGUUGAGGAAUGCAUUUGUGUCUGUAGAAAAGGCAUACAAUGAGAACUAUGAUGGGAUGAUAGCUGAGAGAACCAGUUUGCAGUACCAUCUUCAGACAUUAAGUGAGACUCAGAUGUCACAAAACUCAAUCCUGGCCCGUCUCAAGGAGAUUGACAAGCACCUCUCUGGAGGUGCCACUGUGGUAAUAGCACUUGUUCACAAUAAUAAACUAUUUGUCGCGAAUGUUGGUGAGACCCGAGCUCUACUGUGCAGGACAGACGACAACUCAGUUCUAAGAGUAGUACAGUUGACAGUAGACCACAGUUUGAAUAAUGAGGAUGAACUAUUGAGGCUGUCUCAGUUAGGAUUGGAUGUCAAUAAGUUAAGAAAUGCACAAUACAUGGGUAACCAGACAGGUACACGUUGCUUGGGUAACUACCUGGUAAAGAGUCUAUACAAAGCUAUUCCAAGUUUGAGGGCUGCUGCUACGGAGCCAGUGGUGGCCGCACCUGAGAUACAUGGCCCAAUUGUACUCGACGAAUCUUGCAGAUUUUUAGUACUAGUUAGUGCGGGCGUAUACAAACGCAUACAAGAAUCAAGAGGCAGCUUUGAACAAACAAAUAAACAACUAUCGCAGAUUAUAGUAGAGCAUUGUAGGAAGCAAACCGACUUCAAGAAGAUAAGUCAAUCAGUUUUAGAAGAGAUUGAAGAGGAAUUCGUGUCAUAUUGCGUCAAAAAUAAUUUAACACCAAAAGCGAACACCCAUAUGUCAUUACUAAUAAGAAACUUCAAUUUCCUACCUACAUAUGAACAGUUGAAUCCACCUAAAAAUGCAGUCCGUUUCAAUCCGAUUGUACAAUCAAAAUCGAAUACUCUAAUAAACGAAAUCGAUUCCGAGCAAUAUUUAUCUACAAACGAUGCAGAUAAUGAAUCGAUAAUCGACACGAAUAGGUCAUGCGAGUCGUCUUCCGAUGUCUGCGUUAACGAUCGUCCGUAUGAUAAGGAUAAAAGGAUAAAGGGCUAUGUUGAUUUCUCGUGUUACUAUGAGAAUGUGGAUAAGGCGCGCCUUAAUGGGACUCUUCCCUCAUUUAUUGAAUAAUAUUUCUAGAUUAUUUUGUGGAGAUUGAAUGUCUCAAAGGCUCUAUUAGCUGAUAGUGUCAAAAGUUAAAGUCAAGUACGCUUUUAAAACUCUUGUAAAAAGAACAAAACUAGGCAGCUAACUCAAGCGCCCAAUUGGUCGUAUAGCGAAAAAUAUAAAUCUGAUUAUUAGGAAAUUGAAAUCAUUGAUUCUGAGCUAUUAUUGUUAUUGAUGACAGUUAUGAGUCGUCCUAAUAGGGUAAUAAUGCGAGUUUUCUACUAUGACGCUGCGUUUUAAAUAUACAAUCGGGACUUAACGUGAUGUAGAAGCUUUUACAGGUAAAUAGUACCUACAUAGCUGCUUUUUUGUUGUCGAUGUUUCGACGUGGAUUACACCACGUCGUGGUGACGACACGACUGAAGUGAGCGGCGCCUUCGUCUGGCAGCUCGUGCAGUCUUUUCUGUAAAGGCUUUUUUUACAUUAACAUUACAUUUAAAAUUAACCAUGACGCUUUGCUUAUAUUGUUUUAAUAUGAAAACCAAGGUAGUUUAAAGUAUUAGCUGUCAUUGAUGAGGUUACGCCUCUUUUGUGAGAGCUAAUACUAGCUUUCCUCUAUUUAACCUUCUCAUGUGUUAAUCUUAGAGGACUACCUCUAGAAUUAAUCACAUGAGUAUUUCUUUGAGCACCACAGUUCGUCUGUUUUAUUCAUUUCUAUACAUAAACAAUAAUAAAGGGUUUUUACGCGUUACAUGAUUUAUGAGAAUGUCGGUAAGACUUUCCAUUCUCCAGCACGUUGACCAUUUUUCAUCAUAAGUAUAAAAUUGUAACUGGACUAAUAGCUACUGGCUUAAUGAUGCAGUGUUUAAAACAAUUUUUAUUAAACUGGUAUAAAAGGGGGGAAAGGGAUUGUUAGUAAUGGAGUUUGACAGCCCCAUUGCUAGCAAUAUGCCUUAUUAGAUCGACCUCCACGUGGUUCCCUCUGGAAACCAUCGUGAACAAUUCUUGUUGAAUUCGUCACGAUGGGCUAACUGAGCUUCAUCCUCACCUAUCAUCCUUCACUGGUGCCCCGCCGGUGUAUACCGAUAGCGCGGGUGGGGUUACCAUUCCAUUAUCAUCCAUUAAAAAAAAAAAGCUGGUAUUAAAAUGUUACCAACUGUGGUGGCAAAACAGGGUUUUUUUUAUAGUCGUAACAUUAAUAGAAGUUUAAGUGUUUAAUAUUUACGCUUUGUGCAUCUACUUCAAAUUGUGAAUAUGUAAUUAACAGUAUUAGAUGAAAUUACUACAAUUAAGUAUAAAAUUGUAUACUAUAUGUGUUGUUAUAUCAGCUUUCAACUGUCUAUUGCUAAAUAUAGACCUCCUUCUAUUGGGGAGUUUUUGCCAGUAGUCGCUACACUUGGCAAACGGGUUAGCGACCGCAAUUAGACUUUGGUGAUGUAGUAAGAGGGACGCUACUGCCGAUCCCUCGACCAUUAAGUUCCCUCAAUAAUCUCUUAUGAUACCCACGGGAAAGUAAUAGGUGGCCCAUUCUAUGCCGGGAUCACAUGGCAAUAUACUUUUAUAAUUUCUAUUUAUUGUUGUUAAAGAAUAAAAGAUUUUUAUUUGGAA